AUGCUGUCAUCCUUUGGCCCUCCUCUUGAUUCCUUCGGGAAUUAUGAUGCAGGGGUGUCAGGAACCAAGUUCCAGAUGACUCUCGCCGUGCUCCUCGAGAAGAGCGGAGUCACCCCCACGGCGAUUUACGGGGAUCUGGACGCCUUGAUCACUGGAGUUCAGGACGACUCUAGGGAGGUCUGCCAGGGGGAUCUCUUCAUCUCCUGUGUCGGGUCGAAGACGGAUGGCCACUUGUAUCUUACCGAGGCUUGUAACCGAGGAGCUGUAGCACUGGUGGUAGGCGAAGAGAGUGUUAAAGAUCAAAUCUUGCGCUGCGGCUGCAAGGCUGUUGUCGUAGUGAAUGCUACCGAUUCUGCGCUGCCUGUUAUUGCUGCUACAUUCUAUGGGCAUCCGUCGAGGAGCCUCUUUGCGGUCGGUGUCACGGGAACGAACGGUAAGACGACGACGACCAAUUUGAUUAGAUCUAUCUUCGAGACAAUGGGGUACGGAACAGGGCUGUUUGGCACCGUAUGCUUCUUCAUUAAUGGAGAUGAGAUGCUGGAAGCUUCCCGAACGACCCCCGACGCCGUGCCAGCCCAGAGACUGAUGGCGAAGAUGGUUCGCUCUGGUACCAAGGCACUCGUCAUGGAGACUUCUUCCGAGGGACUGGAGCAGGUGAGGUGCAAUGAGCUAGACUUCAACGUAGCAGUCUUCACGAACCUCACCAGGGACCACCUCGACUUCCAUGGGACCAUGGAGGCGUACAAGAAGAGCAAAGGCAAGCUUUUUGCGAACAUGGUCGACCCCAACAGGCACAGGAAGGUUGUGAACAUCGAUGACCCAAAUGCUCCAUACUUCAUCGAUCAAGGGAAUGCAGACGUUCGACUCGUUACAUUUGGAAUGCAGAACAAGAACGCCGACGUCUACCCUCUAAAGUCCGAGCUUUCAUUGUUCAAGACUAGGGUUUGGGUGAGCACGCCAAAGGGGGCACUGGAGAUCAACUCAGGGAUGCUUGGGAGGUAUAACAUCUACAACAUCCUCGCAGCCGUUGCUGUUGGGAUUGCCGUCGGCCUGAAGCUGGAGGACAUCGUGAGGGGAAUCGAGGCGGUGAAAGGGGUUGCCGGCAGGUUUGAGUUAAUUGACGAGGGACAGCCUUUCGCCGUGAUUGUAGACUAUGCGCACACACCCGAUGCUGUGUGUAGCCUUCUGGAUGCCGUCCGAGAACUCGAACCACGAAGAGUCAUCACUGGUAUUGGAUGUGGCGGAGAAAGAGAUCGGAGGAAGAGGCCGCUGAUGACAAAAAUUACAGCUGAUAAAAGUGAUGUGGUUAUUCUGACAUCAGACAAUCCAAGGAAUGAAGAUCCAAUGAAAAUAUUGGAUGAUAUGUUAGCUGGUGUUGGAUACACAAUGGAAGAGUUCUGCUCACUGCAUGGUGGAAGUAAUAGCCAUCAAAAGCUCCCAAAUGGCUGUACACUAUCAGUAAAUGGUGACAGAAGACUUGCUCUGCGAGCAGCCAUUGCCAUGGGGAAGGAAGGAGACGCCAUUGUUGUUGCUGGCAAAGGCCAUGAGACAUAUCAAAUUGAAGGUGAUACAAAGAAGCUAUUUGACGACAGAGUUGAAUGCCGAGAAGUGCUACGAGCUGAAGCAAGCAGGGAGAGAGACCGGUGAACUUUCAUGGGGUAAGCAUAAGAUAAAGUUGGAUCGGAUGACCCAGAAAGAUUUCAGGGGUGACUGCUUGAA